AUGGAGAAGGGGGUCGAAGUAUGCCCUCAUUCUAAUAGCAACAAUAAUUCCGUGCAAGUAUUGGAUGAGGCUAUUUUAAUACUGAAACGCUGCUUAACUCUAACAAAUGAAGCUACUGCUGAUAAAUGUAUCGAAGGAACUGAUAAAAUGGCAAAAGAACAAGCUGAGACGGAAGAGACUGUCACGAAGAGGGUUGCUGAGACGAACAAUGCUCAAGUCACGCAAUGUACAAUGGAAGGAUGUACACCAAAUGGUUCAGUUGCGGAAGCAGAAAGUCAAACAAUAGUAUCCAGUAUAAAAAUAAGACAUAUUCAUAUAGUUGAAUACGAAAAUGAAUAUCAAAUGGUUGAUAUUAUGCGACUUAUCAUGAAAGUACUUAGCGAGCCUUAUUCCAUCUAUACUUAUCGUUAUUUCAUACACAAUUGGCCAAAAUUGUGUUUGCUGGCACUGGAUCAACACGAUAACAAAUAUGUUGGUGCGAUUGUCUGCAAAUUGGAUUUAAGUCGAGAAAAUCGUCGCCGUGGAUACAUAGCAAUGCUUGCAGUCGACGAGUCAUGUCGUAAAAUGGGUAUAGGCACUCGUUUGGUGCAAAAAGCUAUAUCAAAUAUGCAAGAAAUGGGCUGCGAUCAAGUUGUGUUGGAAACCGAAGUAACUAAUUCAGAUGCUCUACGCUUGUAUAGUAAUUUAGGGUUCAUCCGGGAGAAACGGUUAUUUCGUUACUAUUUGAAUGGUGUGGAUGCUUACAGGCUUAAACUCUUCUUAACUACCGUCAAUGAAUCUUUACUUCUUGAUCCACCAAUGUUUUUCGGCAAUACUCAAUGCGUUCCAUGA